AUGACGGCUCUCUUGAGCCCUGCUGUUGGCAGCUCCAUGCAGAGCCAAAAGGAAGCGAAGCUCGCCAGUAUGAACUUGAAAUCCCCUGGACUCAAGUCUGGCCUGCCAGCGUCGCCGACAGCGUGCAAUUUCUCGGCCAACCGACCAUCUCUCAAUCUUGAGACCAGCGCGAAUGGUUACCUAUCUCCUGACACGGCGAACUUACCCUCUGCGGAGGGAACGGCCCUACGGCUACUCUUGCACCAAUGCCGGUGA